AUGGCUCAAGUACCUCCAUCGCCGUGGUCCAGAUGGGAUGCACCGGGUUAUCAGUAUGUAUCAAAUAAGACCAAGCAACCAUUUCCGUUGCAGUACGAUAGUGAAUUUGAAAAUUCUGGAUUACAGUUUGGAAAUGCAACACGACAAAGGUUGGUGGGAGCUGGUAGACUCGUUGACCAAAAGAUAAAUCGUAAGCAGGAAAAGUACGCCUGGGCAAUUGCACUCCUUGCUAUAUUUUGUUUUGUCGUACUUUUCUCCCUGUUCAUGAUACUAUUUUGUUGGUUGUAUAAUCGAGCCAGAGAUAAGCGUCAGAAACGAUUCAUUGGCCAAUCAAUGGGUGGAAUGAGUCCAGCAAUAUCACAGGCAAAUUUAGCAGCAAUCGAAAAUCGAAAUGAAAAUGGUUACUAUCCGUAUGUUGGUGGACCUAAUCAGUACUGA